CGUUGAUAGAAGCAAGGACACCUUUCAAAGCCUGUCGCUCCCAUGUGUGGAUACCCACUCUUAGCGAAUUCAAUAUCUGCCUUUGCAUCAUCCUCUCUACUGGGAUAAGCCUCUGAAUUUGAGCUAAGCUCUUGACCACCGUUACAAAAAUCCACAAUUAUACCGCUUCCUUAUCUCUUGAAUUUUACAUAGGUGGAGGGGGCCCAGCGCCAUGGCCCGCCUCCUUCUAGCUGCGUGCGUUGUCAUCGCGGGAUGCCUCCUGCCAGCUUAUGUGAACGCAGCAAGCUGCUACAAGUUCCUUUCAAAAGAUGAUUAUCCUAACUGUAUGCAGCUUGAUUCCAGCCUCGUUUUGCACUGGCGCACAAUCGAUAACAAAACACUGGAGCUAGCGCCAGAUGCUGAUGGCUACCUGGGGUGGCUGGCGAUUGGGAUUUCAGAGGCGGGCUUGAAGGGUGUUGAUAUCAACGUCGUCGUCCUUGGCUCCCAAGGCCUGUCGUGGAUUAUGGGCGACUACUUCAUGAUCAACGCCACCACUCCGAACCUGGACGAGGAGCAGAACGCCGUGCUGGUCGUCUCCCCCACCAUCGACCGGGACAACCACACGCUCGCCAUCUGGCAGCGCCCGCUGGACUCCUGCGACACGGAGGACACCCCCGUGUUCCAGGACGUGGAGCGCUCCAUCAGCUGGGCCUACAGCUACGACAACGAGUGGGAGGUGGACAAGGCCUCCUUCACCAACCUCACCCGCGGCCUCAUCACCGGCGUGCGCCUCUUCCCCAGCUCCAACUCCUCCUCCUCCUCCUCCGCGGAUGCGCUCUCCACCUCCAUCACCCUAGCCAUGCCCAGCUUCCCCGUGCCCGCAGCCAACACCAGCGUCGUCUGCGUCAACCUGCAGCUCCCCAACGACACCGCCUACCACGUCACCGCCUACCAGGGCUUCAACACCACGCCCUUCGUGCACCAUGUCAUUGGCUACGUCUGCGCGGCGGGUGUCGUACCGGCGGCUCCGGCGCUGGGGGUGCCGUACAAGUGCGCCAAUUCCUCCUGGCCCAACCCGCUGCAGGCGGCUCUGCCGGUGGGCUGCGAGACGGUAAACUACGUGUGGGCUCCGGGCGCCAAGGGCUUCACGGCGCCGCCGGAGGCUGGGUUUGCGAUGGGCGCGGGCUCGGCGGGGGCUUUGGUGUUGCAGGUGUUUUACCAGAACCCGACUGGCGUGGUGGGCAAGUCCGACUCCUCGGGCCUGACGCUCACCUACACGCCCACCCUGCGCGCCAGCACGCUGGGUGUGCUGACGCUGGGCAACACUGACCUGCGCAUCCCCGCUGCGGCGGCCCGCUACACCGCGCUGCCCAACAUCUGCCCCGCCUCCUGCACCGGCAAGCGGGUUCUGCAGCCCGUGUCGCUGGUCUCCAACUUUUACAUGAUGGGCCGGCGGGGUGUGUCUACCCUCACUCGCCACAUCCGCAACGGCUCAGCCAUCCAGCCAGUGGGCCGCAUCAACUACUGGGACGUGGAACACCCGGGCUUCCUGACGGUCUUCCCCGACUCGCGCACGCUGCUGCCCAACGACACCCUCAUCAGCCUCUGCACCUACGACAACUCCAACUCCGACAGCAUGACCUUCUACGGCAACUACCCCUGGCAGGAGCUCUGCUUCAACUACCUCACCUUCUUCCCCGCCUCCGCCAUGCCUGACCUGGACUACUGCGUGGCGGACACGCGCAAGAACGUCACCACCUGCGCCACCCGCACGCUGCUGGCCGCCAUGCGCGAUGUGCCCGACCCCACGCAGCUGCUGAACGGCACCAAGGUGUCCGUGGGCCCGCUCAACAUUUCCUACUACGAGUCCGCGGAGUGUGUGUUGCACGACCAGCUGGAUGUGACGCCUUACCACAAACCCAACACGCGGGCGGCGGUGGCGUCCAUAGUGCUGGUUCCCACCGUGCUGCUUGUGGUGGGCUGGAUGCUGUACAGCAAGUACAGCAAGCAAGAGGAGCUGGAGCUGCUGCUUGCAAGAGCGGAGCAGGAGGGCAUUGAGGCGCCCAUGGUCGGCUAAAGAGGGGAUGUCUGAUUGCUCUGCAGUGGUAGCUGCCGGGUUGUGUGGUGUGCAAAUGAGAGCUGUCGAGUGACGACUGAGCGGGUUUCAGGGUCCGUGGGUAAGGGCUCGGGAGUAAGGACAGCGCUCCGUGGCUUGUGGGUGCGAGCAGGUACCGCACCCUGGCCCGGGUUCUCCUCUCUUGCUUCACCCAUGUGGGUGGGUGUAUAUGUCAAGAGACUUUAUUGUUCUUCGUGUAGAGGUUAACUAGGUUGGGUACUAUCGAGCGGUGUGCGAGCGUGUGAAUCCGGGCUAAUUUACUUUGCGGGCGCUUGGGGGUGAUGGGGCGGCAAACCCCACGGUUGCCAGAACCUUGACUGCUGUGCAUGAGGAGUGCUUUGAACUGUUCUUGCGUGGGGCACCAGUGAUAACACAGUUUUGGGGGAUUGGAGAGGUGCGGGUCGCGCUGCUGUUAUCCGUGCGAAGCUAGUACGGCCGCUGACUAGCGGUCAACGGCGCAGUGUGACGGUGGUGGUGGGGACUGUUGCACUGCUCGUGGUGGCUUUUGGACAUGCGGACGUCGGGCACACAUGUAGGUUAUUUUACUCGUGUGGAUUGGGCUCUUGAUCAUCCAGUUACUUGGACACAGCACACACAACACAACGGCUUACAUCCUGAAGCCCAGUGUGCUGCAUAUGGUGGUUAUGUGGUUCCCUGAGAAAUCAGGCGUAACUCCAUGCCUGUCAGGUGACCUCCCCUGGUGCCCUGGUGCCGCCCUCGUAA